AUGUAUUGUCAGGUUAUCUCUACCGAUGAGGGUCUUAUGGCAACGACAUAUGAUGUUCAAGAGGUUGUCAUGUUUGACAAAGGAAGGAAGAAGAAAAUAUUUACAGUUUCGUUUCAGAGAGAAGAAUGUCAUAUAGUUUGCAGUUGUCACUUAUUUGAGUUCAGGGGAAUACUAUGCAGACAUGCUAUAUCAAUUUUGGUACGCAAUGAUGUCACUAUGCUUCCUGAGAUGUACAUCUUGAGGAAGUGGCGGAAAGAUGUGAGAAAAGCCCAUUCGAGGGUCGCAGUAAACUACGAUGGUUGGGUUAGCACUCCCAAACAGAAAAGAUAUGAUGAAAUGCGUAAAGAAUUUGACAAGGUCGCAGACUUGACAGCAAAUAGUGAAUCUCGAACUCAGAAAGUUAUGGAGUGGAUUGAAUUUCAAUUGAAUGACUUAUCAAAAAUAGGAACAAGUUGUGGGAGUAAUCUCUCUUUCCAACAAAGUGUUGAAGUUGCAUCCGGAAGUGGAGUACAAAAAAAUUCUGGUAGUGUGAAUAUUCAAGAUCCGAAUUGUGCGCGUCGUAAGGGAGCACCAAGGAAAAAUCGCAUAAAAGGCGCAUUAGAACGAACUUCGAAGAAAUCUAAGGUUGUUUCAAAAACAACGAAACGCACAAACUUGAGCCAAACUGCAUCACAGGAGGGACCGGUCAUCAUCCAGCCAUCACAGCAGUCACAUUAUACUAUGAUCACUCCGCUCACGUUUUCACAACAACUAAUGGGUGUUGAAUCAACAAAUUGGAGUAAUGCUUAUGGGAUGAGUUUGACACCUACAACAGGAAUGAGUUUGAGACCUACAACAGGAAUGAGUCAACAUUUGGUUCCAAAUUUUUUGCCACUACAACGUCCCAUGACGGGAGAAGCUAUUGGAUUAGUAGACGAGUCCAAUAGUGAACAAAAUGUUACUUAA